UCCUACAGAAAACUCAAAGCUUAAGUUAGAGAGCACCGAAAAUGGUUUAAACCUGUCUUCUUCUCUCCUGACAAGAUCAGUUGUUAAUGAAUGAAGUUUCCCGUGAAUAGAUGAAUAAAUAAUUAACUAAUAUAUAAAUGGAGUGUUUGGUACGUGCGGGCCUUCAUGGAGACUGCGGCGGUGGGAGUUUCUAAGGAUAUGGCGUCGACGGUGUUUCCCGGGUUCAAGUUCUCGCCCACGGACGUGGAGCUGAUCUCGUAUUACCUAAAGCGGAAGAUGGACGGCUUGGAGAAGUCCGUUAAGGUUAUACCGGAAACCGAUAUCUACAGUUUCGAGCCUUGGGAUUUGCCCGAUAAGUCGAUUGUUAAAUCUGAUACCGAGUGGUUUUUCUUCUGUGCACGUGGCAAAAAGUAUCCACAUGGUUCACAGAACAGGAGAACAACCAAGAUGGGAUACUGGAAAGUCACUGGGAAAGAACGUGAUGUCAAGUCUUCUUCUCAAGUGAUUGGAACAAAGAGGACGCUUGUCUUCCAUAUUGGUCGUGCACCAAAAGGUCAAAGAACAGAGUGGCUUAUGCACGAGUACUGCAUGAAAGGAGGAGUAUAUAUGGUACACUAUUCUGAGGAUGAUGCUUUGGUUGUUUGCCGGCUUAGGAGGAACAGAGAGUUUCGUACUUGUACAAGUCAGAAGGCACCACUAGAGCCACAUUUAGCAGCCGAUAAGCACAUGAUCUUGCAAAAUGGUGCCGCCAGUUCAGGGAGCCCGGUUGAUUUUUACCUUGCAGGUGAAUCAGGGGACAACCAUCUCACUGAAACACCAGAAAAUCUACAGGUGGAAACUGAAGAGGAUUUCUAUGGGGAUAUCCUAAGGGACGAAAUCAUCAAUCUUGAUGAAGUGGUGAUGUCAGGGAAGACACCAAACGAAGUGCCAACACUUGAAUCAGUGUCAAUGGAGAUACGGAUACUUCCUUUACCAAACAUGAUAGACGGACAGAUGGCUUCAAUUUUAGAUGAAAGACCAUCACAGGAAAAGAAAGGGAAAGGGAUCAGUGGCACGGAACCACUGUCGAGCUGCUUCAUGGGUGUAUACUCGAUCAAAUGGGUCAACCGAGUAAGACGGGACGUUAUUAUAGCUGUAGUUGGUCUCAUUGUAAUGCUGUUUUAUCAAGAGUAACGCUGUGGAAGUAGAAAGAAGGACCAAUGGUGUUUUCUUGUUCGGUUUAUUGAACCAAACCGGUGUUAUGAA